UGUACAUCUGCACGGGCACAGAAGCUCUAUUUUGCUACAUAACCCAUGGCCCUGAGACCACUGUAUCUGACCUGAUGCUUCCGAAGCAUUGGCGGAAAGGUUCAAUGCUUCAUUGCUUGAGUUGACUGUGUCGAGGUGAAGCCAGACGCGAUCCUAUGCUGCGUGGUGCUAGAGCUAUACGAUGUCUCACAGCACACGGUACACGCGGUAAAUGUACCGUCACACCAUCGCCCGUUCUACAAAACAUAGCGAAACUCCAAGUUCUCUCUAUCCGUCAAAUCGAGCUGAUUGUUUGACACAACGGUCUGCCUCUUGGUACCGUCAACCUCGACAUCUUCAACAAUCCCACGGUGUGCGACUUUGGACGCGGCCUCGAGCGCAUCGCGGCGUUUGUUCUCGCGGACGAGAUACCAUUGGAGAACGAGGAUAUCGGUGGCCGGAAUGAUGCAAGCGACCUAGACAGUAGGAUGGUCAGUUGAGGCUGCAAAAUACAUGGCAAAUAUCGCGCCAUGCACUUACCACGAGGAUGAUAGCCCAUGUCGCAUAGUAUCUUGGAGCCCAACUAGGUCUGAACAACUGCGGCGAAAGGAUGUUCCCGAGACCAUAUCCGACAUGAUAUAGAGCAAUCACGGUCGUCUUCUUGGUAUGGCCGGCCGAGUUGUUGGCCGCCCAGAUCAUGACCACGGCAUAUGGGAUGCCCACCGUCGACCGCAGCCAUAUACCGGUGACCAGUCCCCAUUUGUUCGACCAUGGCAGGGCCAGGAGGAGGAUGUUGGACACCACUGCGGGGACGUAAGCGGCCACGGAGAUCCAUGCGCGACAGUCUUUCGUCCUAUUGAGGAAGAAUGCUGCAAACCCAAGCGAACCCAGCGCCACGAGGCCCGUCACGCAGCCCAGUAAUGUAGUCUGCAACGUUGAGAAUCCAAAUGACUUGAUGAUGAGCGAGUACUGGUUGGUGAGUCCAUUGGCCAUUUCCUGACUCCAUGCGUGCAAGAAAAAGAGCCAUGUCUUGGGAUCUUUGACGGCCUCGAUGAACCUGUCAUCGCCAACGGUAAGCAAACAGCGAUGCAAACUGAGAACCCAGCAGCGAAGUAACAGUCAGACCCGAUAACUUACUGGUAUUUCUUGAAGCGUUUGUGUUCGAUCCCAGAGUGAUUCUCCUUGAUUCGAAGGAUGGCCUUGGCACGGUCCUCCGGCGUCAGGAACCGCGCAUGGAGAGGACUAUCUGGGAAGAACAGCCAGACAGCAACGCCGAAGACGACGGUUAUGGCGCCGGUGAUGACUUUCAGCAGGCGUUAGCUUCUGUCGCCAAAAAGACCCAAUCGGCGGGUUGUCAAUUGUUCUUCAAUGUGGGGUGAAUAUGGAUCACAACAUACCCAUGAACCAUUUCCACGGUGCAAAGUGGCCGGUCUUGAUCCAAAGGACACCGUAAGACAAUAAGCCGGAGGUGAUAGGGCUCGAGUUUCCGGCAGCCCACAUGACCGGCAUGAGCCAUGCCUGUUCUUGGUAGGUGAAGAACAUGGAAAGGGUCAACAGGAACGCAGGCACGAUACAUGCUUCAGCGGUGCCCAAAAAGAACCGGACCACGAAAAGCCCUGCAAAGUUCUGGCAGGGAAUAUGAAGUAAGACGAUUCCUCCCCUGAAAACCGCAUCACAAAAGUCAGCGCAUAUCCCAGAAAAGGCACAAUCCCCAUUUCACAGAGAUGAAACCAUCUAUCUCAUUCCAGUUGUCAACUUACCACAAGAUGAGAUUUGCUGCCAACCACUUCCCCACAGGAAACCGUUGCAGAGCCCAGUUCUGGGGCCAUUCGGCAAGGAGAUAGCCAAAGUAAAAAAUGGACGAAAGCCAAUUAUACUGGUUGGCGUUGAGAUGGUUGUCCUUCAGAAUGCCCAGAAUGGCCGAACUUCCCAGCUGUAUAAUGUGGUUUGUGCGUCAGCUUGUCGUGCUACACCAAAGGAUAGCUUUUGUUGCUGCUGACGCACCGUCUGUUUGUCCACAUACAUCAGAUGAUACCCGACGCAGAGAAAGGGGAUGAUCCUCCAGAUGAGUUUCUUCUUGAUCCGUAAGGCUUCUUCCGGCGUCGGAUCGUCCACCUGGACUUUGGAGAACAGCUUGAAGCUUUCGUCGGCAUACCGAGGCGGUACUUUGGGGACGCUGACGACGUCUGCCUCGCCAUCUGUGGCCGACGCAACAUCGUUGGUCACAUUGGGUUUUUUGUCGUCGGAAGCCAUGUUGAGAGCAAAGAUCGGCCGAUGCUGUCUCCUCUUUGUCACCAGUCCGUCUGGAAGAAGUCACCGCUCCGGCGAAAACCGAAAACCGAAACUUCAAGCUCUCAACGGCACGGCGAGUAUCCCUUGCAGAUAAAUGCAAAGAGGCCUCCGGGUUUAUAUGCGGAUGCUCAAUGAAGAUACCAUCGGUCGUUCCGGCCACACGGUAAGACUAUCCAGGGUAUGAGGAGCAGGUGAUCACUGUUGUCGGCUCCCAUCUCGCGAUUUGCCGCCACCACGCCUCGAUUUUUGCGUGCUUGCAGAUCCGAAUGUUCUCAUCCCCUGGCGACGACAAGCGCGGGAAGUUGUCCCUACCAUGCUCCCGGCUUUUGAAUUCACCACACAGUUCACGCCAAAACGGCCGGGAGAUCGACGAGCCAUUGGCCGUUGGAGUACUGUUCCACACCAGCUAUCUUAUCUGCAGACGACCGGCACUUUGCCGUUCAGCACCGACAACAGCUUCAGGUCCAUACAACUUGUACUGUGAAGAAGGGCCUCGACGUGGAAGACAGGACGGAUGGCGUGCCCCCUUCUAGCCCAAAACGGCAAUUAUGGUCGGUCCGCGGGUCCGCGAGGAUCGCGCCAUAGGGUCCUGUUUGGGUCUCCUUGACCAGUCCUACAAGCGGUGCUUUUCGGGACGAGCAUUUCUUGGGCAACGCUUCUGGGGCUUAUCUGGACCUCACUUGCAGACAGUCCCGCCAUUCGUCCUCUCGUGCACUGCAGUGACUGGAGCCAUGUAGUACAGUAACCCAUUACGGUUUAACGAACUUGGAAACAGAACGACCCAACACGAUGUCGAAAUAACAAUAACCGAAGCCUCAGAGUGCACGCAUAUGUCCGUGUAGCCAGCCUUGGGUCAUGGCAUAUAUGUAGUAAGCAAAUCCUCGAGUACAGUACCGCACCACUCUAUUCAAACAUCAUCCCGAAGUCUGACCCAGAAAAGUGUGUUUUUGUUUGCACGGGUUGGAUAGUCAGGUAGGAAAGUAAGUGCCGGACUGAACUUGCCGGACAAGACACCACAAGCCCAAGCCUUUGGCCAUUAAAAAAAAAGGAAAAAGAGGACACCAAAAAAUCGAUCUACAAUGGGCGACGAAACCAAGAUCCGAGUCAUCAUCGCAGGAGCCGGAAUCGCCGGUCUAGCCACGGCAAUCUCUCUGUCCAGACUCAACCGAGAAUUCGAAGGCUUACUUCACCUCGACAUCCAACUAUACGAACGGGCAACAGAACUGAAAGAAAUCGGAGCCAGCAUCGCCUUGAGCCCGAACGGAUUACGGACAUUAGAACGUCUGGGCGUGACCAAUGCCCUGAGCGACGACAUUGGAUUCCGCGGUCCAGCCGGACUCCCCAUGAUCUACCGACACUGGAAGACCAACGAGAUCGUCAGCGUGGACCGGUUCAGUGAGAACGUCACUUCCAAACACCACCAGACGACCCGUUUCCACCGGGCUCACUUGCACGAAGCUUUGUUGCAGCAUAUGCCGAGGAACAAUAUCCAUCUAGGCAAGGCUGUGGAAUCGGUGCAAGUCAGAGAGAACGAUGGUAGUGGCAGUACCACCACCAGAGCAGAACCAGUCACAGUCUUCUUCCAGGACGGAACAAGCAUCCAGGGUGACAUUCUCAUCGGCGCCGACGGCCUGCGCUCAAAAGUUCGCGCGACAUUCCGUCCAGACCAUAAAUUACAUUGGACGGGACGGACGUUCUUUCGCUCGACGUUUGAUGCGUCUUUGGUCGCCAACGAGAAGAUUCCUGAUUUGCCGCCCGAUUCGACGCAUUGGUGGGGUCCGAAACAUACGUUUUUUGCUUCGAGGUUGGGAAAGAAUAUGUUUACGACGGUUGGGAAUUUUGAUCCAAGUCAACUUUCUAAUGGUGCCGCGUCUGGCUCAGCGUCAGACUCAGAGCCGAAGGUCACCUGGGACCAAGAAGGCAACAUAUCCACCUUCCGCGACCUCUACAAAGACUGGAACUCAGUCGUCAAGGCCCUGGCUAACGCGACACCGUACGUUCGCCUAUACCCCAAUUUCGCGGGCGAGCCAUUAGAUACCUGGGUGUUCGGGGACUCGCGCGUGACAUUGGUAGGCGACGCGGCUCAUACGCAUGGCGGAGCGCAUGCUGCUGGCGGCUCGCUUGCUCUUGAUGAUGCUUGGGCUUUAUAUUUGGCUUUCCGACACGUUGUUCUCGACCAUCCCCAUCGUCAAACGAGGAGGUUGACGGUCAAGGAUAUAGACAUCCAUCGUGCAUUGUCUUUGUAUGAGAAAACCAGACGGCCGCAUACGGAGCGACUCGUCAAAAGUGUCCUUGCUGGCAGCAAAGCGGCUGUAACACCAGACUCCGACGAAGCCCUGAGACUCAAGAUGACAAACAGGCCGAGUACGACGUGGUUGACGGAGCAUGAUGUGAAUGCGGAAUUCGCAAAGGUCGUCCAGACGGCCGCUCAAGAGGGACAAAAGCAUUUGGCCCCGGGCCAACUUGAAGUCACGGCAAACAGCGGUCCACAACAGUCGACGCAACAGGUGCAAUUCCAAGAGCAGAGCCGACUUUGAGCUGGAAGUCGUGUUAUUGAUCCGAGCCCAAAUCCAUUUUAUAUGCUCCUACGCGUUCUGGUUGCUCUUUGAUCCGAUCUGGGACGACUGGAAGGCAACACGCAGCGGUUAAGCCGCGUGCAAAAGAAAGAAGGACAGAAAAGAAAGUUAGAAAUUUCGGCCACAAGUCAGACCCGACAGGCGAAUAUAGACAUAGACAUAGACGUUCUCUACAAAAGGACAAUUCCAAAAGGAGGACCUUGCUCUUAAUCAGGUCACACAUGUUUCAUAUUCGAGACUUAAGAUGUCGCAAAGUAUGCAAAGGGUAUCAUCAAUCGG